UGAAACCAACAGUGACAGUCAAUUGUUCCAGUCCGGCCAUAGUAAAUGAAGGUGAUAAUAUCAAAUGUGCAUGUAGAGGCGAAGGUGGAAAUCCUCCUGCGAAAGUAAUUUGGUAUAAGGAUAGCCUGCAAAUUAGUGGAAUAGGGCAUGAAAAGCAAACAUUGUCUCUCAGUAAUGUUAAGAAAACUGAUAUUGGAACAUACAAAUGUGUAGCGCAAAGCGCUAGCCGUAUCAAUGCAACGGAUGAAAGAUCAAUUGACAUAAUAGUAAGACUUAAUUGUAAGUAUGAUUUAUGCUCAGGUCAAGCAUUUAUUAAUAUACACUCAACCAGCGACUACUUCAAAUCCAGCAUUCCGAAUGGCUGCUCAACCAUGGACCAUUGGUAACAGUUUGACAACGAGGUCGAGUUGUCUAUUGGGCGAAUAUAUAUAAUAAACGAAGUCUUGACUAGUCGCCAUAGACAACGAGGCCGAGUUGUCUAAUUGUUUUACUAUACACCCCUACUCAAAAUACAAACCCCAGAGACAAUUUGAAUGAUUUCAAUAAAAUUUAAAACCACGCAUGCACGAGCGUUAAUUCUUUCAAUAUUCGCAUGCUUCGCUUGCGGCUUUUUUGUUUACUUUUCGCAAACAACCCGGCAAAUAGUUUCUUAAAAAUACACAGCUCGCGAGCUUUGAAAAUUUUGAAACAGCAAUAUUUUAAGACUUUCCCCUCUUUAAAUGGUCUUAUUUGUGUGCUUCGAUAUUUCCCGACUGUAAAAACAUCUUUCUUUAUGGAAUUAUAUGGCUUCCGAAUUUUUCGAUAAAAUCUUAGUGUCAAAUUUUGUAUUUCCAUUCAGGUGCUAUAUAGUAUUGUUUUUCACAGUUAUUUUGUCAUGUAUUUUAUUUAUUUCAACGACAUAUAUUAGGAUUGCUUUGCGUGCAUUUUAUACGACUUUUGAACGUAAACUGCUGCAACAUUUUGGGAAACCAUUAUUGCUUACAGUUUGAAAACAUCUUAAGUCCUGUACUUUAAAGCCUGUUUUCCACUAGGCGGAAUUUUGCGCGCGGAGCGGAAUUUUUCUUUGUCUUUUCUAAUUAGUUCCACCCGAGAAAUCACAAGACAAAGAAAAAGUCCGCUCCGCGCGUAAAAUUCCGCCUAGUGGAAAACCGGCUUAAGUCUUAUGUUGUCCUCUUAUAAUCACCAAAACUUGGCUUGUAUUUUUUUUAUAUAAUGACUGUUUUUCGGCCUGUUUUGAAAUAGUUUCAAAGCUCACGAGCUUUGUAUUUUUAAAAAAACUUUUCGCCGGAUGGUUCGCGAAAAGUAAACAAAAAAGCCGAAAGCAAAACGUGGGAAUAUUUAUCAUUUAUAGACCCGGAGCGUCAGUGAUGACAUUUCCUUCGGGGCAAAGCCCCUCAAAAAACAAAAAAGCCGAAAACACAAAAGCCGAAAACACAAAAAAGCCGAAAGCGAAACGUGGGAAUAUUUAUCAUUUAUAGACCAGGAGCGUCAGUGAUGACAUUUCCUUCGGAGCAAAGCCCCUCGGGAAUUAUCACCACUUCGGGUGAUAUUUCGACGAAUCGCGUCCAAGCGGAGGGUCUAUGAAUGAUAUAUUAUACCGAAAGUUAAAGAACCCGCUAAAUUAGGAAUAAACUUUUAAACUUGCUCAAUAUUAACUAAGCAAAUACAAUUUUUAUUUCUUAUGCAUACUUGCAAUUGAGUUUUUGACGUUUUCUCAUUAAAAUAUUUGAGCAUAAUAAAGUAUCUCACGCUGCAUUUCGAAAUCAUGAACUUGAGUGAAAUACCGUAAAGAAUCACAUCGUCACGUGGUGCAAAAGCUGCUGUUUGAUUGGGCAAUUUGAAUUGGUGCAAUAUUGAGAGAAAUCAACGCUCGUGCGUGGUUUUAAAUUUUAUUGAAAUCUUUCAAAUUGUGCCUGGAGUUUGUAUUUUGAGUAGGAGUGUAUACUAAAACAAUUAGCCAAAUCGGCCUCGUUGUCUAUGGCGAAUAGUUAACUCAGGCUACGCCUUCGUUGACUACUUCGCUCAUAGACAACUCGACGUCGUUGUCUAAUUGUUCAGGGGAAUUAUACGUUUACACGCUUGGCCUAUUUUCGUUAGUAACGAAGAUUUCUCCUCUUUGCAGUUAAACCUAACAAUACAGCCAUUAUGAUAACGCCAGAACCAGCUGUAGUUGGUGGAUCAGUUACCAUUUCGUGUUAUUCGGACGGUCUUCCUGAACCAAGUUAUACUAUAAUGCAUAACGAUAGCAAAUUGGUCACUGCUGACAAGACGUAUACCAUAUCCAAAGUGCAGUGGAGUGAUGCUGGAACCUAUAAUUGUAUUGCAUGGAAUAAACUUGGGAAUGAUUCAAAGAACUAUACGAUGAAUCCUUGA